CCCCACGAGGCCUCGAUCUCUCUCCCUCUUCGUGCGCCUCCUCGUCCUCGUCCUCCUCCUCUUCGAAUCCGAGAAGGAGCUCGAGGUCGUCGGAGCCAUGUCGCGGCCGAGGCCGAGACGAGGGGAGCUUCCCCCUCCUCAAGCGACUAUGGAGAAAUUAGAGAAGAUGGUCGAUAAUGGAAAUUACUAUGAAGCACAACAGAUCUACAAGUCAACUAGUGCGAGGUAUAUAGCAGUUGAAAGGUAUUCUGAAGCCUUGGAUAUUCUUCAAUCAGGUGCUUUAAUCCAGCUGAACCACGUGCAGGUGACCUGUGGAGCUGAACUAGCCGCAUUAUUUGUUGAAACACUUGUCAAGGCGAAGAUUCCUUACAACCAAGAAACUCUUGAUUCGAUCGGCAAGAUCUAUGAGGCUUUCCCAAGGAUAUCGGUGCCACAACACCUUGAAGACGAUGAUGAUGACAUGCAGAAACUUUCUGAAGCUUUGGUGGCAGCAAAAGUACGUGUUGAGAGCUGUUCAUCUUUCUUGAAAGCUGCAAUCAAGUGGUCAGCAGAGUUUGGGGAUUUUAAAAAUGGAUCUCCUCAGUUGCAUGAAAUGCUGGCUGAAUAUCUAUAUUCAGAAUCUCCUGAGUUGGACAUGGCUAAAGUUUCAAUUUAUUUUGUUCGUGGAAACAAUCCAAAGAAGUUUGCGUCGACACUUGUGAACUUUAUGGGCAAGUGCUAUCCUGGGGAAGAAGAUAUAGCAAUUACACGUGCAGUCCUAUUGUACCUAUCACAGGGGAAUCUUAGAGAUGCAAAUAUCCUUAUCGACGAGAUUAAAAGGCAACUAGAAUCUAAACAGCUUGAAUUCCCUCGCUCAGAUUUGACCAAGUUCAUCGACUACCUUUUGCAAACGUUGGAAAGAGAUGCUUUCCCCCUUUUUAAGAUAUUGAGAGAAAAGUAUAGAUCCAGUAUAGAAAGGGAAUCUUUAUUUGGCGAGUUGUUAGAUGAAAUAGCUGAAAGGUUUUAUGGUGUGCGACGCAGAAGUGGCCUACAAGGCAUAUUUGGUGAUCUUUUCAAGAUGGUGUAAUUGCAUUACCAGGUUGAAGAUUUUUUUUCCCUCCACAAUAAUUGGCGAAAUAAAAUACCGGGGCAUUACAAUCUUGUCUCUUUAUUGUGGAUCAGAAGUUCUAUAAAUUGCAGAAAUCGUAUUAACGAGCAAAGCAUCAUAGUGGUGAUUUGGAUCAGAGAAGAACGUGGAGAGGAAUACUCAUUUUAUCAUUUGGUAAAUUGCAAGUACUUCAAAAUUUUUCAAUGGUACAUAAGUUGUGCGUCGCACUUAUUGAUCAGCUUUGCAAAGAACGCAAUAAUGUGAUUUUUAUUGUGCUUUUAUCUCUUGCAGAAAUUUACUUGGGGAAAGAUAUUAAUUUGUUGA